AUGAAGGUCACAUCGCUCCUCGCCCUUCUACCUCUAGCCCUCGCCGCUCCGGCUCCUCUCGAAAAGCGCGCUGAUCCUAUCGACAAACGCGCUGCUCCUACAGUCAUCGCACCAUCACCACAAGCCACAGUCGCAGGCAAGAGUCUACUCAACGUCGAGACAUUCAAUGGCAUCCCCUACGCUCAACCGCCAGUCGGUCAGCUGCGGCUCAAACCACCCCAGCCUCUGACCUCUGCUCUCGGGUCGAUCGACGGCACGGGAAUUCCUACAGCGUGUCCGCAGCUUUACUUCAGUGUCGACGAAUCCAACUUCCCGGGUAACACACUUGGAUUGCUCCUCAACACGCCGCUGUUUCAGACGGUUACUAACCAAGGGGAGGACUGCUUGACCGUCAAUGUCCAGAGGCCUGCGGGCACAAAAGCAGAUGCUAAGCUGCCUGUUCUGCUCUGGGUCUUAGGUGGAGGGUUCGAGCUUGGUUCUACCUCCAUGUACGAUGGCACGUCACUUGUGCUGGAAUCGGUUGCGCAAGGGAAGCCCGUGAUAUUCGUGGCAGUCAACUACCGUGUUGGCGGCUUUGGAUUCAUGCCAGGGAAAGAAAUACUAGCUGAUGGAUCCUCCAACUUGGGACUUCUAGACCAGCGACUGGGUUUGCAAUGGACUGCUGAUAAUAUCGCGGCGUUUGGUGGCGACCCUGACAAGGUUACCAUAUGGGGGCAGAGCGCUGGGGCGAUUUCCGUUCUGGAUCAGAUGGUCAUGUAUGAUGGGGACAAUACGUACAAUGGCAAACCACUGUUCAGGGGUGGAAUCAUGAACUCGGGAUCGAUCGCGCCGACAGACCCUGUAGACUGUCCAAAGGGACAAGUAGUCUACGACAAGGUCGUACAAGAAGCCGGCUGUGCCAGUUCCUCCGACACCCUCGCCUGUCUCCGCGCCCUGCCCUACGCAAAGUUCCUGAACGCCGCAAACUCCGUACCAGGCAUCCUCUCCUACUCCACAGUAGCACUAUCGUACCUCCCCCGGCCCGACGGCAAAGUCCUCACCUCCUCCCCAGAAGUCCUCGUAGCAGCCAACAAAUACGCAAAAGUGCCCUUCAUCGUCGGCGACCAAGAAGACGAAGGCACCCUCUUCGGCCUCUUCACCCAGAACAUCACCACAACCGCCCAACUCUCCACACACCUCCAAACCCUCUACUUCAACAACGCUUCCCCCGCCCUCGUCGACCAGCUCGUUGCUUCAUACCCCGAAACCCUCGUCGACGGCUCCCCCUUCCGCACUGGCCUCUUCAACAACAUCUCCCCGCAAUUCAAACGCUUUUCCGCCCUCGUCGGCGACGCAGUCUUCACGCUCUCGCGCCGCUUGUUCCUCGACCUGGCAAACACGGCUAACCCCAGCGUGCCGUCGUGGUCCUACCUCUCUACAUACGACUAUGGCACCCCGAUCCUAGGCACCUUCCACGGCUCGGAUCUGCUGCAGACGUUUUAUGGUAUUUUGCCAAAUAACGCGGCGAAGACUACGAGGGGCUAUUACUUCUCGUUUGUGUAUAAUCUGGAUCCGAAUGUCGGGAAUGACUUUACGGCGUGGCCGCGGUGGAGCGAGGCGAGGAAGUUGCUCACUUUUGGCGCGAAUAGCAAUAGUCUGACCGACGACACUUUUAGGCAGGAUUCGGCGACUUUGCUGUCGAGUAAUACGGGGGCUUUUAGGCUUUAG